GGCCCAUACACACCCGGAUGUCUGCUACCGGGCCACGAUAAGAAUCAACAAUCGUCUCGCUCUGACCAGUCCUUCUAUCCGCCUGCACUCACAUUACCAAAGAGGCACCUGGCGCCCCCAUCAACCAACAACGAUGGUCCUCGGCCGUAUCGCCCACUACACCUUCGACGCAGUCCUAAUCUCCGCCUUCCUCGCCGGCGUCAAACGCUCAACAGGUCUCACUCCUAGCCUGAAACCAGAUACGUUUUCAGAGUCGCCGAGUCUCAAGAAGUGGGUUGAGAACUAUUUGUGGGUGGGGGAGACGAUUAUGGAUCAGAGUGUUGCGAUUAUGAGCUCGAGUGGAUAUUUUGAGAGGAAGAGGUGAGGAGAGACUGGAGUGAAGGAACGCAGGCGCUUGGAUGAUACUAGAUGAUAUUUGGCUUGCGAUUGAGGGAUCUCAGCUCCGCACUGCUGUAUGUUGAGACGGCGUGAGGUGUGAAAGUCGAUGAUGGAACGAAUCGGAUAUGGAUUUGCAGCAGGGGAAUGCGACUGAGCUUCCUUUGGCCGGCAUCAUUUGCUGUGGUGCACUUUAGAUAUAGCAUAUGUAUUUAUGGAGGGCACGUGAGAUACUAAGGUGAGGACGAAGGAAGCCCCAACACCUUCUAAUCCAACACCUUUUAAUCC